UUUAGUCACUUAAAACUGUAUACAAAAAUCCCAUUUCCCACCAAUCAGCAGUAGAUCCAAACAAGGAAAAUAACACACCCAAAUUGUUCAAACCUCAAAACCCAAAUGGCCAAAGAAGGUUUAGGGCUUGAACUUACAGAGCUGCGGUUGGGAGUGUCUAGUGGUCCAAUUUUAGUGGACAAAAACGAGAAGAAAAGGGUGUUUUCAAAGAUUGACGGUGGAGAUGGCCGGAAUAGUACCACGCCUGGUGACUGCCGGAAAAGUCAGACAAAGAAUCAGGUUGUGGGGUGGCCUCCAUUGUGUUCAUACAGAAUGAAGAUUAAUGGCUUGAAUGAGACGUCGAAAAUGUACGUCAAAGUUAGCAUGGAUGGAGCACCUUUUCUUCGUAAAAUUGACUUGACCAUGCACAAGGAGUAUGCAGAUCUUGCUCUCGCGUUGGAGAAGUUAUUUGGUUGCUAUGGCAUCGGCGAGGUGUUGAAAAAUGCAGACAACUGUGAAUUUGCACCCAUUUAUGAAGACAAAGAUGGAGACUGGAUGCUAGUGGGAGACGUUCCUUGGGAGAUGUUUAUUAAGUCAUGCAAGAGGCUUAGGAUCAUGAAGAGAUCGGAUGCCAAGGGAACGACGGAAGAGGAGCCAUAAUAAUCACUUAAUACCGAAAAUGAAGAUCAACAUAUGACUGCAUUCGACUUCGUACGUAUUUUUUUUUUUUUUAUAUAAUCAUUAAUUAAUUGCUGCCUUCAGCAGAGAAUUCUUGUUUGAAUCGCAAAUUAAAGGUGAGACUUCGAUAUUGUUAAGAAUAUAUAUAGGACCCCAGGACUUAAGGGCAUAUAACAUUCCUCCACCAUGCAUCACCAUUAAUUUACUUCACAUAUAUAUAUAUAUAUGUGUGUGUGUGUGUGUGGUUUGUGUGUUUCAGACGAUAUAUAUCUCUUAUUAUUCAACUGCAUCUUCUUUUUUAUUAAUAGCACUUUUGGAUGCUCUACCGUUUGAUAUGAAUUCUAGCUGUCACCGUCGUGAGAAAAAUUUCAGGGGGCUUAACUUAUUACAGAAGAAUGCUUUGUGUGGCACUACUUUAUACAUUCAAAACAUUCUGUGUUAAGCUUCUAGUAUAAUAUAUAGAAAGCUUAAUAUAACCUAA